UUUCGAGUAAAUAUCUCCAAAAUUCAAAUGUCGGCGGACUCUCCAGCUUUGGGCAUCGAUUUGGGAACGACGUCGUGUUGCGUCGGAUAUCUGGCACCGAACAGUCACGAUGUUGACAUCAUCGAAAAUCAACAAGGAGAUCGGACCACACCUUCUUACGUGGCAUUCACCGAAGCAGAUGAGGUCAUAGGAAAACUGGCCAAGGAUCGUGUAUAUCGCAAUUACAAAAACGUCGUUUACGAUUCAAAAAGGUUCAUUGGAAGAAAAUUUGAUGACGAAUACCUGCAACAGAACAUCAAAAAGUGGUCCUUCAGCGUUGUAUCCGAUAAGGAUAACACGCCUUUAAUUCAGAUAUUUAAGGAGGACGAGAUUGUGACAUACAAACCUCAAGAGAUCAGCGGAAAACUGUUAAGCUACAUGAAGCGCAUUGCAGAAAAACGACUGAACCGAUCCAUAAGCGAUGUCGUAAUAACAGUACCAGCUUACUUUAACUAUCAUCAAAGAAUUGCGACGGCGGAAGCUGGAAAAUUAGCCGGUCUAAACGUGCUCAAAAUCAUCAACGAACCCACAGCGGCAGCUUUGGCAUACAUCUAUAAAAACAACGUGACCGAAUGCAAAAAUCUUCUGGUAUUCGACUUGGGCGGAGGUACCUUUGACGUAUCAAUUGUAAAAGUCUGCAAUCGCGAUAUCACGGUCAAGGCGAUUUCGGGCAACACUUUUCUUGGGGGUAGAGAUUUCGACAACAAUUUAGCCAACCUCAUCAUUAAGCGUAUCAAGGAGAAAUACGACAGGGAUGUUAGGGAGAUACCGUCGUCGCUUCGUAGAGUGAACGCGCGAAGCGAAAAGGUUAAAACUGAACUUUCGUUCGAAAUCAAAACGCACCUGGACCUACAUAACAUUCUUCUCGACGGUGAGGAUAUCAACUUUGAAAUUACUAGGAAAGAGUUCGAAGCGGCCAACGAUCGGUUAUUUUCAAUGUGCAUCCAGACCGUUCAUAAUUGCCUGAACGACGCCAAGCUGUGCAAAAAUGACAUUGAAAAAGUUCUGCUUAUCGGUGGGUCUACAAGGAUUCCAAAAAUUCGCCAAAUGUUAUCCGAGUACUUUGGGGGAGAUGAUAAGCUGACCCAGGGUGUAAAUCCGGACGAAGCUGUCGCGUAUGGGGCCGCAGUGCAGGCAUACAUGAUUAAAAAAGGCGAAGACGCCGGCGGACCGGUUCAUUCAAUUAUGGAGGUAACACCUCUUUCGCUUGGCACGGAUACCAUUGGAGAUCGAAUGAGCGUUAUUAUAGCUCGUAAUACACCGAUUCCAGUUACCAAGACAAAGAACUAUAUGACGAUUAGUGACAAACAGAAGGAAAUGGACGUGAAUGUCUAUGAGGGCGAAAGAUCAUUGGUUAAGUAUAACACCAAAAUUGGAACGUGCGCAAUUGCACUGCCACCAAAGCCACCCGGAUACGCAGUUGAAGUAUCCUUCCAUAUUGAUGAGAAUGGUAUUCUGAGAGUCGGCGCCCUAACCGACGCUGGCGUGUACUCCAAUCUGGUAAUGAAGUACGAGAAAUACACCGACCAACAGGCAGACGACGCGUUACGCGUGGCGCUCGAAAAUAAGGAAAGGGAUGACAAGGAAAGCGAAGUCGUUUCGUUGUGGGUUAAAUUAAAGGAGUAUUGCAUCAAAACCAAGUCGUUGUGCACGUAUAAGUCGGAGCUGCUUAGUGCCGAAGAUAAGACCGUCAUGGCGAACAUCACCAACAUAAUUUCCGAAUGGGUUUCAAACAAUAAGGUUGCUGUUGGCAGCGAAGACGAGAAGAACGCAAUUAUAGAGAAAAAGACAGAGAUUGAAAAAAUAUGCGAACCAAUUUUAGCCAAAUACGGAUUUCCCAUUGCCGAGAUGUGCAUAUCUGAUUUCUAUAGAUUGAUAACUCAAUAAAUUUUAUCGAUGAUUAAUAAAUAAUUAUUUCCAGUAGCCAAUUUUAUCAAAUGUAAAAUAAUCUCAGGUACCAAAUAUAUUUCGGUUGUACAUAGUUUA